GUUCGGAAUCCGAUACAGAGGUCAGUAAGUCAGACUUGCUCUUCAUCAUCCUCGUCCGGCAUCGAUGAAGCCAAGGAAGAGCAAGAUGGCAAAGACGCUAGAAAACACUAUCAAGGACAUGCGUGCUACUCAACCUGCUACGUCGAAAAACUGGAGGGGCGGCACAACCAAGAAACGGUGGAAGACAACCUGGUCGAACAAACAGGCGAAGAGCAGACAACCCAGGACCGACGGUUACUCAAAGAAAGGCACCGGGGAUUACAGGAGAGAGGACAGAACAAAAAAACUCCGCUAGAGGGAACCGCAUCCGCUAUGGCAACAGAUUACCCUGGGAGCAGCAGUUUUGUCAGGCAGAUAUACACCAAAAAGGGCAUAACAGGAGAUGCCCUAGAGGUUCUACUGGCCUCUCUGAGCACCAACAUACUGAAACAAUAUAACUCUAGAUUUGGUAAGUGGUGA